AGAGCAAAUGGAAGACGACGCAGGAGAGAGAUCGAGCUUCGUUAUCGGCCUCAUCGAGAACAGAGCUAAGGAGGUGGGAGUUGCAGCCUUUGAUUUAAGGUUGGCUUCUCUCCAUCUUUCUCAAUAUAUUGAAACUAGCAGCUCAUAUCAGAAUACAAAAACUUUGCUGCAAUUCUAUGAUCCUAUGGUGAUUAUUGUUUCACCGAACAAGCUGGCACCUGAUGGUAUGGUUGGAGUUUCAGAAUUGGCUGACAGAUUUUAUGCUACAGUCAAGAAGGUUGUAAUGGCCCGUGGUUGCUUCGAUGACACUAAGGGUGCCGUGCUGAUUAAAAAUCUAGCAGCAAAGGAACCUUCUGCACUAGGAUUGGAUACUUCUUACAAGCAGUAUUACCUCUGCCUGGCUGCGGCAGCAGCUACAAUUAAGUGGAUAGAAGCAGAGAAAGGGGUCAUCAUUACAAACCACUCACUUUUGGUCACUUUUAAUGGAUCAUUUGCCCAUAUGAAUAUUGACGCUACUAGUGUUCAAAAUUUGGAAAUCAUUGAGCCACUUCAUUCGACACUUUGGGGAACAAGCAACAAGAAAAGAAGUUUAUUGAACAUGCUCAAGACAACAAAAACUGUUGGAGGGUCUAGACUUCUUCGUGCCAAUCUAUUGCAGCCUUUAAAAGAUAUUGAAACUAUAAAUGCCCGUCUUGAUUGCCUGGAUGAGCUCAUGAGCAAUGAACAGCUGUUCUUUGGACUGGCUCAGGUUUUGAGUAAAUUUCCAAAAGAGAGUGAUAGGGUACUUUGUCACUUCUGCUUCAAGCCAAGGAAAAUAACAAACAAAGUCAUGGGUGUUGAUUAUGCUAGAAAAAGCCAGGUCUUGGUUUCAAGCAUUAUUCUCCUCAAAACUGCUCUAGAUGCCUUGCCUUUACUCUCGAAGGUUCUUAAAGAUGCAAAGUGUUUUCUUCUUGCAAAUGUUUACAAGUCUGUAUGUGAAAAUGAGAAGUAUGCUGCCGUUAGAAGGAGGAUUGGAGAGGUGAUUGAUGAAGAUGUGCUUCAUGCACGGGUUCCUUUUGUAGCCCGCACACAGCAGUGUUUUGCUGUCAAGGCUGGAAUUGAUGGACUUUUGGAUAUUGCACGGAGAUCAUUUUGUGAUACUAGUGAAGCUAUACAUAAUCUUGCUAACAAGUAUCGUGAAGAUUUCAAGUUGCCCAAUUUGAAACUCCCAUUUAACAAUAGGAGAGGGUUCUACUUUAGCAUUCCAUAUAAGGACAUUCAAGGGAAGCUUCCUAGUCAGUUCAUUCAGGUAUUGAAACAUGGUAACAAUUUACACUGCUCAACCUUGGAGCUUGCUUCUCUAAACGUUAGAAAUAAGUCUGCAGCUGCAGAAUGCUACAUACGGACAGAAGUUUGCCUGGAAGAAUUAGUAGAUGCCAUACGAGAGGAUGUUUCUGCACUCACACUGCUUGCAGAGGUCUUAUGCCUUUUGGAUAUGAUCGUUAAUUCAUUUGCACAUGCCAUUUCCACAAAGCCAGUUGAUCGUUACACCAGACCAGAAUUUACAGAUAAUGGCCCCAUGGCAAUUGAUGCUGGAAGACACCCUAUCCUAGAGACCAUACACAAUGACUUUGUCCCCAACAAUAUAUUUUUAUCAGAGGCAUCAAACAUGGUGCUUAUCAUAGGCCCAAACAUGAGUGGAAAGAGUACUUACCUUCAACAAGUGUGUCUUAUAGUUAUUCUUGCUCAGAUCGGUUGUUAUGUUCCUGCUCGCUUCUCAACUCUAAGGGUUGUUGAUCGUAUAUUUACAAGGAUGGGUACAGUAGAUAAUCUUGAAUCCAACUCUAGUACGUUCAUGACAGAAAUGAAAGAAACAGCUUUUAUCAUGCAAAAUGUCUCCCAGAGGAGUCUGAUUGUUAUGGAUGAACUUGGGAGGGCUACAUCUUCUUCUGAUGGAUUUGCAAUUGCUUGGAGCUGCUGCGAACAUUUGUUAUCACUGAAAGCGUAUACUAUAUUUGCUACUCAUAUGGAGAACCUAUCAGAACUAGUAACCGUCUAUCCAAAUGUGAAAAUACUUCACUUUGAUGUUGACAUUAAAAAUAAUCGUCUAGAUUUCAAGUUUCAACUGAAGGACGGAGCGAGGCAUGUUCCGCACUAUGGCCUUCUAUUAGCAGAAGUGGCAGGACUGCCAAGCUCAGUAAUUGAAACGGCCAGAAACAUCACAUCCAGGAUCACAGAAAAGGAAGUGAAGAGGAUGGAAGUAAACUGCCUUCAAUACCAACCGAUCCAGAUGGCGUACCAUGUUGCUCAGCGGCUGAUAUGUUUGAAGUACUCCAGCCAGGAUGAGGAUUCAAUCAGAGAAGCACUGCAUAAUUUGAAAGACAGCUACAUUCAUGGAAGGCUGUAGUCUAAAGACCUUAAAAACCCACAAUAUUCUUCCCUCCUAUUUGGGAAAUGCCAUGCAGAACAUUGUUGUGUUCGUAACACAACACGAUGUCAAAUUUAUUCACCAAAUGAUAUGGCGGUGUCUGAUUUACUCAAUUCUAAGCUCAUUCAAAACCUCAAUUAUUUCCAACAACGCAUAAGUGAC